CGUCUCUGACGGCGUCGUUUUGGAUUGACUUGAAAUGAAAAUAAAGAAGAGUACCAGAGCGCGAGAUUGUAGUGAGAGAAAGAGCGAAAAAAAGGUUUCGUCAAAGUAUGUAUGUAUUAUUGGUAACAGAAACGACGAUUUAUGAGGCAAUCUUUUGGUAGUAAUUGACUGUGCGCUAAGUGUUGAAGAGACGAUGGUGUGGCGUGGCGAAUUCUCGCUGUGAUUCUCGGAUUUGAGUGAUUUUUAUUGAAAAAGAAAAAAAAAUGAAAUAGAUUAAUUUACGGUGUAAUUCGUUGUACAUCAAUCAGAAGUAAGAGAAAGAUGAAGGAGAUAGUGGAGAAGAGUUUGGAUUCAGAGCUUUGGCACGCCUGUGCCGGAUGCAUGGUCAAAAUGCCGCCGGUUAAUUCGAAAGUAUUCUACUUUCCACAAGGCCACGCCGAACAUUCUCUCGCUAGUGUCGAUUUUGGGGCUUUGCCCAUGAUCCCUCCUAUGAUUCUCUGCAGGGUCAGUUCCGUAAAAUACUUGGCCGACCAUGAAACGGAUGAGGUCUACGCUAAAAUCGGGCUUAUUCCCGUCGGAAACAACGAACGUGUUUCUUACGACGAUGAAGACGGAAUAUUUGGAAGGAUUAAUAAAUCCGAAUCCGGUGAAAAAGCCGCUUCUUUUCCGAAGACGCUGACCCAAUCGGAUGCCAACAAUGGAGGGGGGUUUUCGGUUCCAAGGUACUGCGCGGAGACUAUUUUCCCACCGUUGGAUUACACCGCCGAUCCACCGGUGCAGAAUGUGACCGUUAGAGAUGUUCACGGCGAGACGUGGAAGUUUAGGCAUAUCUAUAGAGGCACGCCGAGGCGGCAUUUGUUGACCACUGGAUGGAGUACUUUCGUGAAUCAGAAGAAGCUUGUGGCCGGAGACUCGAUUGUUUUCAUGAGGGCGGUGAACGGAGAUCUCUGUGUUGGGAUUCGUAGGGCUAGGAGAGGUGGCGGAGUUAGUGGGAAUGAGUAUUCCUCGUCUGUGUGGAAUUAUGGCGGUGGUGGGAAUUUGGGCGUGGUUUCGGGUUUUUUGGAGGAUGAGAAUAACAAGCUGAUGCAUAGAAGUGGUGGUGUUGGGAAAUCGAGGGAGAAGGGGAGAGUGAGUCCUGAAUCAGUUGUUGAGGCGGCUUUCUUGGCGGCCAGUUGUCAGCCUUUUGAGGUUGUUUAUUGUCCGCGUGCGAGCGCGAUGGAGUUCUGUGUGAAAGCGUCGUCUGUGAAUGCUGCGAUGAGGAUUCAUUGGUGCUCUGGAAUGAAGUUCAAGAUGCCGUUCGAAACGGAUGACUCUUCUCGGGUUAGCUGGUUUAUGGGGACGGUAGCUUCUGUUCAGUUUGUUGAUCCCGUUCGUUGGCCUAAUUCGCCGUGGAAAUUGCUUCAGGUGACAUGGGAUGAACCAGAUCUGCUACAGAAUGUGAAAUGUGUCAGCCCAUGGCUAGUUGAACUGGCCUCAAACAUGCCAGCCCUUCAUCUCUCGCCCUUCUCACCUCCGAGGAAGAAGUUGUGCUUACCCCUCCAUCAUCCAAACCUUCCACUCGACGGCAGAUUUCCAUUACCGUCGUUUUCAGGCAACCCCCUUGGUCCAAGCAGUUCCUUACGUUGUCUACCCGACAACAACAUCACUCUAGGCAUACAGGGAGCCAGGCAUGCUCAAAUUGGAGUCCCUUUGACGGAUCUCCACUUUAGCAACAAACAACUGCAGACGGGAAUUUUACCACCACCCAGUGGGAAUCUCCCACUGCUUGAAUACCCUCGUGCUAACGUUCUUGAUCGUAACGAAGAUGGUAAUGAUAAUGUAUCUUGCUUAUUAAGCAUGGGUAAUUCUAACAAGAAGAAAUCGGACGAUGAAACUUGUGGUGCGAAGAAGACACCUCUGUUCGUCCUUUUUGGUCAACCAAUACACACUGAGAAACAAAUGUCUUAUGAUCGGCCCGGUGACGCGUUUUCUCGGGUGGCGUUUGGGCAGAAUGCCUCAGGUGGGACAAAAAGUUUGUCCACUGAUUUUUUGUGUAAAGUUUUCUUGGAGUCGGAAGAAGUCGGCCACAGUGUUGAUCUAUCUGCUCUUGGUUCGUACAAAGAGCUAUACAAAAAGCUCGAAGACAUGUUUCGGAUAGAUAGAUCGGAGAUUGUGGGCCAUUUGUUCUAUCGUGAUGAUGCUAGUGGUGCUGCUAAACAAGUUGGUGAAGAACCAUUCAGCGAGUUCGUGAAGGCUACUAAAACACUGAGGAUCCUUAUGAAACCGGGCAGUGACGAUACCGAACGGAAAUUAGUUACUGGCUUGCCAACUUCUGAGCUUGGACGGAAUUCAUCGAACCAGACAGGUGCCCUGAGCAUAUUUGCGUAGUGUACUUAAAGAGUGCCGGAGGAAACUCUGGUUCUUCAGUAUGGGUAAGAUCGUGUAUCCGUGUCCUAUAAAUAUAUUUUCUUAUUUAUGCAAUUUAAAAAACUAAUCAUUAUGAAGCUCCGAACUUUGUGUAUUGUGUCUAGCGUGCCUACCGGAAGGUAUAUAUUAGUGCAUGUUUCUCUCUUCACUUUGAUGCAUAAUAUGUACUUGAAUGAAACGAACACAUUAUCGUGAUGCCUAUUUAUUUGUCAACUAUUUGGGUGUAUGCUU